AUGAGUAACUUUUGUACAAAUGUUGCAAGGCAACUCAAGCAUCUGAUGUCAGUCAUCAGUCUCCUAGGCUUCAUUUACCUGUCCAGUUUAAUCAGAAGAGAAUUAUCUGGAUCCGACUUCAGUGCCAUUGAGCGCUACGGACUUUUCAUCAGUUCCGUCUUCUACUUGAUGCAGUUCGCCGUGAUUUUUUCCUUUCCCUACGCCGUCUUCAACUUUCUGGGAGUUGUCUUUCUCAACGUCUUUACUCCUCAACCAAAGCUGGUGAAACCUCCCAUCAUGUGCCCUUUUUUGUGCUUCCGGGUCGUAACUCGGGGAAUCUACCCGAAUUUGGUCAAGGCGAAUGUCCGACACAACAUGGAAGUCUGCGAGAAAGUUGGCCUGCACUACUUUAUCAUAGAAGUCGUCACAGACAUGCCGGUUCAAGCAGAGGCCAGUAACCGUGUCCGGGAGGUCGUGGUGCCGGUCAGCUACAAAACACGGAAUGAUACUCUGUUCAAGGCGCGAGCCUUGCAGUACGCCCUUGAACCGGAAGUGAAUAUACUGGGACCUUCUGACUGGAUCAUCCAUCUGGACGAGGAGACACUCUUGACGGAAGAGUCUGUUGUCGGGAUAGUCAACUUUGUGGAUUCGGGCAGACAUCAUUUUGGACAAGGAGUUAUCACCUAUGGACGGGGAGUUGUCAACUGGGUCACAACCCUAGCCGAUUCUAUCAGGGUCGGGGUUGAUUACGGUUGCUACAGGUUCACACUUGGCGUUCUUCAUAAGCCUAUCUUCAGUUGGAAAGGUUCUUUCAUAGUUGCCAACGCUCAAGCUGAAAUGGAGGUGUCGUUCGAUCAUGGGCCAGAAGCAUCCAUCGCAGAAGACUGCUAUUUCUCCUGUGUGGCCUUCAGCAAACACUACAGCUUUGGGUUCAUCCAAGGAGAAAUGCUGGAGAAGAGCACCUUUACUGUCAUGGACUUCGUUCUGCAGCGGUGCCGAUGGAUGCAUGGUAUAUAUCUGACAAUGCUCAGCAGACAUAUCCCUUUGCGAUACAAAGUUGGGCCGGUGUUGUUGACUGUAUCCAACAUCCUGAUGCCUGUCAACCUUCUCCUGCUGCCCCUUGGUAUUGUCUGGCCACUGCCUAUGUCGCAAGCUCUGAUAUUCGUCUACAGCUUUGUCAUGGGGACAGUUCUCUACCUGUACAUGCUGGGCACGUUCCUGACGUUCAGCGGUCAGCUCAAAUAUAGCCGGACCAAGUUCUGCCUGCUACUAGCGGCCACUCCCCUGUGUGCCAUGGCGUCCUGUGUCCUGGAAAACAUCUCCUCCAUCCUGGUCUUCUGGCUCCAACAGAAGCCACUCCACUCCUUCCACAUCGUUAAGAAAGAGAUCCACCGAAUUAAAGAACAUUCCGUAGUCCAGACUCUGUAG